AUGUCUGGCGUCAAAUCUCGACUUUCGAGUCUGCUCGCUCAUCUUUCGCCGACAACCUCGGCUCCGUUUGAGCAUAACUUCAACCGGCAUACCCUUUCACCGACUUUCUUUCUCCCUAGAGCUGCGGCUAUCGAACCUGAUGCGGAAGCGAUCUACCAUGUGACAGUUGAUAACCGGAUUCUUCGCCGAACCUACAAAGAGACUGCAGCUCGGGCAUGUGGUCUCGCAUAUUAUCUGAAGAAGAAUGGGUUCCAAAGAGUUGGAAUUCUUUCUCCCAAUACACCGGCUUUCUUGGAAUCUAUCUUCGCAAUUGCGGCCGCGGGCGCGGUCAAUGUCGCCGUCAACUAUAGGCUCAAACAAGACGAUAUUGCUUAUAUAUUUGAACAUGGAGACGUGGAUAUGAUCAUCGUGGACAAGGAGUUUGAGCCCCUGCUUGCAACUUAUCGGUCACAACAUCCCAAUGUUCCGUUACUUGUCGAUGAUGAUAAGUUCAGUAAGCCCUGGGAGCUGAUCGGUAACGGAAAAUUUGGUGCUGCUAUCCAAGAAGGAUGGAAAUACGACGAGGAAAGUGAACAGCGAGGAUGGGAGGGGCUAGAGAGCCAGGCUGCCGACGAAGAUUCUGUUGUUGCACUUGCUUAUACCAGUGGAACAACUGCUCGGCCCAAAGGAGUGGAAUUCACUCAUAGAGGCUGUUAUCUAGCAACAUUGGCCAAUGUGGUCGAGUCGGGUCUGAACUUCGAUGCUGGACGGGCUAAAUAUCUAUGGACGUUGCCCAUGUUCCACGCGAUGGGAUGGACAUUCCCAUGGGCAGUGACUGCCGUUCGUGGAACCCACUACUGUCUCCGUAAAAUUGACUACCCUGAGAUCUGGAGAAUGCUAAAGGAGGAGCAAAUCACUCACUUCAAUGCCGCACCGACUGUCAAUACACUCCUUUGUAAUGCCAAAGAAGCAGAAAAGUUGUCUCAUCCUGUGCGCGUCACAGUCGCCGCAAGCCCACCAACGGCGCAUCUGUUUGAGCAAAUGACGGACCUCAAUCUUCAUCCGGUCCACGUUUAUGGUAUGACUGAGACUUAUGGACCGAUCACCAAGGGCUAUUUCUUACCCCAGUGGAACCAAAUCCCCGUCAAAGAGAAAUAUCAGAAAAUGGCACGACAGGGUCACGGUUUCCUAACAAGUCUUCCGGUGCGGGUGAUAAAAACUGAUGUAUCCGAGGGAACGAUCAUCGAUGUCGAGCACGAUGGCAAGGAGAUCGGCGAGAUCGUGUUUGUGGGCAACAUCUGUGCCCGGGGUUACUACAAAGAUUCCGAGGCUACCCGUAAACUGUUUGCGGGUGGCGUAUUGCAUUCUGGGGAUCUUGCUGUGUGGCACUCGGAUGGUGCCAUUCAAAUUCUCGACCGUGCCAAGGAUAUCAUUAUCAGUGGUGGUGAGAACAUUUCUUCUGUUGCUCUUGAAUCGAUGCUGGUCACUCACCCUGAUAUCCUUGAGGCGGGUGUGGUCUCAGUCCCGGAUAGCCAUUGGGGUGAACGGCCACAGGCCUUUAUCACUGUGAAGCCAGGGAAGAAUCUGGAAGGCCAAGAUGUGAUUAGCUGGGCUCGAAACUCAAGUGAUAUUAGUAAAUUCAUGAUCCCACGGGAGGUGGUGGUCGUGGCCGAGUUGCCCAAGACCAGCACAGGCAAGAUCCGUAAAAAUGUGCUGCGAGAGUGGGUGAAGGGGUCUGAGAGAAGUAAAACCUCAAGAUGA